AUGCUGCAGAAAGUGCAGACUGAUGUCACCUGCAACAUCUGUACCAGCUACUUCUCUGAGCCAGUCACCCUUCAUUGUGGACACAGCUUUUGCAGAGAAUGUCUCUCCUCCUGCUGGAGGGCAACAACCCAGGCUUUCUCUUGUCCUGAAUGCAGGCAAGUGCCCCAGAUCAGAGUAUUACCCCUAGUCAAUGAGUGCCUAGCACAGCUGACUGACCUGGUCAAAAGGUUCAGCUUCCAGGUUUUGCAGAGUACUAAGGGACAGAGCCAGUGCGCCCUUCACGGGAAAGUCUUUAAGCUCUUUUGCGAACAGGACCAGACACCACUGUGUGUGGAAUGCUGUGAAAUCCAUGGGGCUCAUGAGAUCUCUCCUGUAGGAGAGGCGGCUCUUGAGUGCAGGAAACAGCUCCAGAACAUGCAGAGUCAUUUGGGGAAACAUUUUGAAGAAGCUGAGAGCCUUCUAGCUCAGCAGAGCCCUGUGGAGUGGAGAAAAAUGAUCAAAGAAGAAUACUGCAAACUGUACCGCUUAGUGAAAGCACAAGAAUUCAUCUGUAUUGAAAGGAUAAGACAAGAUCAAAGAGCAAGGCAGGACAGACUAACCCAGUAUAUACAAACUCUUCAGAAGCUCAAACUAGAACUGCAGGAAGCAGGCUGCCAACCCAAUCUGGAUCUGCUACAAGAUGCCAAGAAGUUCCUGGAAAGGGGUGAGUCAGAGCUGUCCCAAAGGACCACAACUGUCUUCCCAGAGCUGAGAGAGUAUCCUAUCCCUGGCCUGAUAGAGAGGCUCAAUCGAUUCAGAGAGGAUAUCAGACUGAUCACCACACCAGCCACUUUCUAUUUGAGUAUUUCUGAGGAUCUGAGGAGUGUGAAGGCUACAGAAAACUGGAAGGCGCCCCAGGAUCUUGAAGACUCGGAAUGCUAUGCUGCCGUUGCUAAGCAGGCCUUCAGCUCAGGCAGACACUAUUGGGAGGUGGAUGUAAGUCAGGUACCUCAGUGGACACUGGGGAUCUAUACCACCUACCCGAGAAGAAAAAAGCGCAGGUUUGUGGAAUCCCUUGAUUUUGCUUUCUUGCUUCGAUGCGUCAAGAAGGAAGACGGUUAUUAUAUCAGAACCUAUUCUGGAUCACUGAAUCAUCGGUUGAAAGGCCCUAUACCCAGGGUUGGGGUCUACCUGGAAUAUAGCCCUGGAACUCUUGUUUUUUACAACGUUCUCCAGCGCUCCCUUAUUUAUAAGUUCCACCCCAUUUCUUUCACAGCGCCCGUCAGACCCAUCUUUUGUCCUGGCCCCCCACUUCCAGGAAUUCAGCCUGGUCCCAUGAUUCUCUGUCCAGUGGACUCCCAUCUUUGUGCUUGUUGCUUUUCAUCUCAGUGA